AUGGAACAAUCAACACUUUGUAAGACACUUUAUGAUAAAUUGAAAAAAGAUGAUGGGUCAGUCGAAGUAAUACCUUUAAUAGACGGAAUCUUGGAGGAAGAGAGCAAGAUCAACACCAACCAAACAGAAGAAUAUAAAAAGAAGGCAAAAGAGACAUUGAAAGAGAUAGCUUGCAUAUCACAAGGAUAUGAAGACAACAAAAUUAUGAAUAAAAAUGAUGCACAAGAUUUUGUGGGAUAUGUCGAUGCAGUUCGCACUUUUCAAAGUGCCAAGACUGAGUUGAUGACACCACACUUCGGUUGUUUCUGUGAUCCAAACAUAAUGCUGCGAAAUUCGGACCUUAUAAAGUUCUUAGAUGGAUGGAUUGGGUUUGGAGAGAAGUACACGUUCAAUAAAAUUGAUAAAGAACAUAAAGGGUAUAUCACUGUCGACCAAUUUGUUGACGCCAAAACGUUCCUUUGGAAUAAAGAAGAGAAGAAGAGUCAAAUAGAGGAAUUGAGGAUAAAGACAGAAGAAAAACAAAAGGAAAAAGGGGGCAAAAUAACACUCGAGGACUUCAUCAAUUUAAGUGAUUAA